AUGACCGCCGUUGGCCAAGAAAGGUUCCGAGGCGUGGGUCCGACCAUGUCGCCAAGCCGCGACAGCAAGUCGGACCACCAAGAACGGUCAGGGCCAGUACGGGUAGGGCACCCUGCUGGUCCAGCAACGUCAAGAGAAUUUGCAGGACUCUUGACGAAGAUUGCUCCCAACACGCAGUCGCUGUGUGUUACUGCCCCUAGUGAUGAGGUGUCUCUCAUCACUUUGAAGGUCGAAGUGACAAGUGGAAUGUCACUUCGCGCCCUAGUUGACUGUGUGGCGUCGAAUAGUUUUAUUCGGCACCAGUCGCUAGAGGAUAGUAGGCUCAAUUCUGUUGAUCGAGAGUUCCCUCCUACGAGGAUGACGGUGUGCCUUGAACAGCCACAUCCGUAA